AGUCGACGUUGCGAUGAAGAGGCGCAGCCUGGUCAAGUCACCAGGGUUGCUUACUCUCCUACUCGCAGCGCUUGCCUCCUACGGCCAAGGUAGGAGUCUCCCCCAAGCAGCCUCGCCUCUGUCACCCCGUCUCAUCGGCGCCCAAGCACCCGUAUCAGCAGCUUUCCCUCGCAGUACUGCGUCUGUAUCCUCUGCGGACCCAUUGGUUGAAGUGGCAGCUGGUAGCCUUGGUCACACCUCCCCCUUUGCGAGUACACUUCCCGACCUGACCUUCAUGAAUGAGCAGAAGGACCCUCUCGAAGCUUCUGCGGUCACUGCCGAAGCCAAGCCCUUGAUCAACUUCGAAGUCAAUGUUCCUCCUCGCUGGCUCCCCUCGGACGAGCAAGAGUCCUCCACCACGGUACUCAUCGAGCGAUCUUUUGCCAACAGCUACUACAAGCCCUCUUUGCUGCGUUACUCUCCUUCUCUCAUCCCAAAGGGCUUCCGAGAUCCGACCAAGUGGACUUCCCUCGUACUGGAACAGCGCGGGGUAGCCGUAGGCAGGCAAUUCGACCGUCUGGGCACCAUCUUCCUCGGUAAUUCCAAGACGGGGUAUUCCACGGAAGUCUGGAGGACAGACAAUGCGCAACCUGUGAGGGAUCCUCCUGGUGUGCUUUGGGAAGCGCACAAGGAUGUAAGCCGGUACUAUGAUCUCUUCCGACAGGAGGGGGAGAUGAUCUUUGAUUACCCCAAUGUGGUCAAUGACAUCUAUACCGCGCCAUUGAACAUCACCUUGUCGCUUACGGUGCAUCAGCUCAAGGAUGCUGCUGCUGCUUUGCCGGCGCCACCCAAGGUCGGAGUGCCCAUCAAUGCUAUCGGCGCAUUGGACGCUCAGAGUAAGGCCACCCCGCUUGCCGCUCGGUCACCCCUUGUAUACUCUAUCUCACAGAGGAACAAGACGUCGGCUUCUCACUGGGCAGUUCCAGGUGACAAGGCCGUCGCCCGCUUUGCCAUACCAGUCAAUGCGAUGCAAGCCGUCGCAGAGAUCUACGCUAGUGGAACUGCCGACGAUGAAUUCUGGUACGGCUCACUCAAUACCGAUAUCACAAAGCAGUUGCCCACGGACGCCCAGGCUGGCUUCCCACAUGGAGCAUAUCGCGAGGUGAGACUGUACGUCGACGGGAUCCUUGCAGGCGCAGUUGCUCCGUACCCCGUCAUCUUUACCGGAGGCAUCAGUCCCCUUAUGUGGCGCCCGCAGACGGGCUUCGGGAGCUACGACCAGCCCACGUACCUCCUAGAUCUGACUGCCUUCCUCGGUAUCCUCUGUGAUGGUCGCGAGCACGAGUAUGAGAUCAAAGUCGCUUCUGCAGAAGAGGACGAAGAGAACAAUAAGAGCUGGUUCGUCUCUGGGAAUCUGCAAGUCGUCGUUGGCAAAGAGGGCGAUAUCACCAGCGGGUCGACACCCGUCGUUGAGGUGGCCUCGACCAAGGACUCGUUUGUCCUCUCCGGGUCGGUCAAGGGAAAUAUCACGGGGCCUGACGGGUCCAUCCUGAGCGAGGUCAAGAGUAUCCCCGGCGGCCGCAAAAUCAAGAUCAGUAGUCAUCUCACUCCCGCCGGAACACUACAGGGCCUAGAGGUGGUGACGGAGCACACCACCUCCUUCUCUUCCAAACAGACCCUCACGCAAGGUCUUGACCGGAACGAUGUGACUCAGCAUGCCUCCGGGAGUCAAAAGUCCACGCAUGGAGGAGCGCCCUUCCUGGAGAACUCCUACUCUUACCCGCUCACAUUUGGGAUCACCUCGGAUGAAGGGUUCCUGAAUACCACGCUGAAGCAUGAGUACCAUCUCGAGCAGGCUCUGCACCCUCUUGCUGCCUCACGGGGCAAUUCCACCUCCCACGCCAAUACCGGCAGUGUCGAUGGUAGCGCAACCGUCGGCAGCGGCAGCGGCAGCGGCAGCGGGUUCCCCUACCCCUCCACCCAGCGCAUCAGCACCCGCCAAUCCGCAGCGGGGAGCGCAGCCAAGGUCAAUGGCUCCCUGGUGGGCAUCAGUGGGAGUGCUCAGCAGACGUACUCGUAUGUGGAUUCAGAGGGGUACGAUUUCAAGAGGACCGUAGAGGUGGUUGAUCGGGUCGUCAAGAGGGAUGAGAUUGAUGGGUCACUCAAGUCUCAGGCCUUGCCUGUUCAGUGAAUGUCGCCGCCACUUCUAGACGUUGCGUGUAUACCCAAAUGUCGUGCGGUUCCUUUCGCGCCCCACGCUUUUUUCACUUGCGAUUCGCUAAUCCAUUAUCAUGCCCUCGUCAAACUUACUUGCUAAGUGCUGAUGCGAUGAAACUCAUUUUGAUUGCAGACAAACCAUCUCUGCCUCUUGUUCAUAUUAC